CUGGUCCCUGCCGACAGUCCCAGACACGCGGACAUGCCAGAGUCCAUCGAAAGACAACAUCUCGACGUCGAAGGUCUACAAACGUACAGCAACCACCAAGCCAUACAUAAUCAGCAUCGAGGCGCUAUGGCUACGGCUACAGGAAACACGGGCUGGGCCCAGCUGCGGCAACAGGCACGAAGUCUAGAAACACAGACAGAGACGCUAUUCCACACCUACUCUCAGUUCUCGACGGUAUCCGACAUUCCGGCAAAGCCCACAGAAGAAGAAAGGACCACAGAAGCGAAGCUCCAAGAUCUUCUCGAAAAACGCGAGAACGUCAUUUCGCAAUUAUCCCGCCUCCUCGAUUCGGAAGCUACUCUCACAUCAUCCGCUCUGAAACAGAACAACCUGGCCCUUCUCCGUGAGAAGCUCGCCGAGCAUAAGCGCGAUCUCGUGCGCCUGCGCAAAACCAUUUCCGAGGCUCGCGAUCGCGCCCACCUUCUUACGAAUGUUCGCUCCGACAUUGACGAAUACCGUGCCAAUAACCCCGAAAACGCCGAGGCCGAGUACAUGCUUGCUGAGCGCAGCCGUAUCGAUAAUAGUCACAACAUGGCCGAUAGCGUCUUGUCCCAGGCAUACGCUGUCCAGGACAGCUUCAAUAUCCAGCGCGAGACACUCGCCAGCAUCAACCGUCGUAUCACCAUGGCUGCCAGCCAAGUACCGGGGUUGAACAGUCUAAUUAGCCGUAUUUCAGCUAAGAAGCGCCGGGACGGCAUCAUAAUGGGCGCAUUCAUUGCGUUUUGCUUUCUGAUGUUCUGGUGGUUCUUAUAAUAAGCGGAGGCCCGGCAUGGCUGAAAUGACGUCCCUCGUGUGUUUGUUAUGUGUUCAACAAAGCCGUUACGACUAGGGAAUUAUUGGCAUGAGGGAAAUGCGGAGGCGUUAUUGGGAUUGUUUUUGAACUUUUUUUUUCAUCGGAUAGGGGGUAUCUUGGGUGCAUAUUGUACACUAUAAGAACACGAAUAUCUGUAAGCCAAAGUCAGGUUACAUGAGCCUGACGGCUAUACAAGGUCG